GUCAUUUGGAGGAUUGUCUAAUUUCUAAAACCGGUCGAGAUGGUGAAGUUCACAGCCGAAGAACUCCGUCGCAUCAUGGACAUGAAGCAUAACAUCCGCAACAUGUCUGUCAUUGCACAUGUCGAUCAUGGUAAAUCAACCCUCACUGAUUCUCUUGUUGCUGCUGCCGGAAUCAUCGCACAAGAAGUCGCUGGAGAUGUUAGGAUGACUGAUACUCGCCAAGACGAGGCUGAACGUGGUAUUACAAUCAAAUCCACUGGGAUUUCCCUGUACUAUGAAAUGACAGAGGAAUCCCUAAAAAACUACAAGGGCGAAAGGAGCGGAAAUGAAUAUCUAAUCAACCUCAUAGAUUCACCUGGGCACGUUGACUUUUCUUAUUUGGAAGAAAAGUCACUCAAAUUGACAACUCUUAUUUGA